AUGACCAAAUCGUACAGUGAGAGCGGGCUGAUGGGGGAAGGCCAGCCCCAGGGCCCCCCCAGCUGGGCGGACGACUGCCUCAGUUCCCAGGACGAGGCGGACAAGAAAGAGGAGGAGCUGGAAGCGAUGCACACCGAGGAAGAUUCCCUGAGGACCGGCGAGGAGGAGGAGGAAGAGGACGACCUGGAGGAAGACGAGGACGACGAGGAGGAAGAGGAGGAGGACGACGAGGACGACCCUAAGCCCAAGCGGCGCGGCCCCAAGAAGAAGAAGAUGACCAAGGCGCGGCUGGAGAGGUUCAAGCUGCGGCGCAUGAAGGCCAACGCGCGGGAGCGCAACCGCAUGCACGGCCUCAACGCGGCGCUGGACAACCUGCGCAAGGUGGUGCCCUGCUACUCCAAGACGCAGAAGCUCUCCAAGAUCGAGACGCUGCGCCUGGCCAAGAACUACAUCUGGGCGCUCUCGGAGAUCCUGCGCUCGGGCAAGAGCCCGGACCUGGUCUCCUUCGUGCAGACCCUCUGCAAGGGCCUGUCGCAGCCCACCACCAACCUGGUGGCCGGCUGCCUGCAGCUCAACCCGCGGACGUUCCUGCCGGAGCAGAGCCCCGACGGGCCGGCCCACCUGCCGCCCGCCGGCGCCGCCUUCCCGGGCCACCCCUACGUGGCCUACCAGUCGCCGGGGCUGCCCAGCCCGCCCUACGGCACCAUGGACAGCUCCCAGCUCUUCCACCUCAAGGCGCCGCCCGCCUUCGGCGCCGCCCUGGAGCCCUUCUUCGAGAGCGCCCUGGCCGAGUGCGCCAGCCCGGCCUUCGACGGGCCGCUCAGCCCGCCGCUCAGCAUCAACGGCAACUUCUCCUUCAAGCACGAGCCCGCCGGCGACUUCGAGAAGAGCUACGCCUUCACCAUGCACUACCCGGCCGCCGGCCUGGCGGGCGCCCCGGGCCACGGCUCCCUCUUCCCCUGCGCCGCCUCUCGCUGCGAGAUCCCCGCCGACGCCCUCCUGCCCUACGAGAGCCACGCCGCCCACCACGAGCGAGUCAUGAGUGCCCAGCUCAACGCCAUCUUUCACGAUUAG